CAGAUUGAGAAGAAUAGGAUUCUCUAUUGCUAAUGACUGUAAAAGAAUGGGCCACUGAAUAAAAUCCGUCCACCAGUCAAAAUAGCUCUCAAAUCAAUCCUCGAGGAGCUGGUAAACAAGAAACAAGAAAGAUAGCCACUGCAGUCGUGAGAAUCCGAUCAAGCAAAGCAGGAAUUGACGGCUAAAAUCACAGAGCAGGCCAGAUGAGUCCCUACUAAGACACAUGGGAAUAGCCAGGGUCUGUGAUUUCAAUCUGGUCCUCCCAUGUUCUUUCUUUUCCAGAAAAUCUCAUCUAUCAAAACUUUCCAAUAAUCAGGUCCGAUUCAUUCCUUCACCCGAUCAGAGCUUCAGAGCUAAAACAUCAAUCAGCAUGUCAGAAAACCCAGUAACUAGGCAGCAGAAAGUCACUUUACAGAACAAACAUGGUGAAAAGCUUGUGGGCGUCUUCCAUGAUGCUGGAUCUGCAGAUGUUGUAGUCUUAUGUCAUGGAUUUCGAUCCUCAAAGAUGAACGAGACUAUGAUGAAUUUUUCUGCUGCUCUAGAGAAAGAAGGAAUUAGCGCAUUUCGAUUUGACUUUGCUGGAAAUGGAGAAAGUGAAGGCUUAUUUCAGUAUGGCAACUACUGGAGAGAGGUUGAGGACUUGCGAUCUGUGGUUGAGUACUUCAUUGCAGCCAACCGUAGGAUUACUGCAAUUCUUGGGCACAGUAAAGGUGGCAAUAUUGUGCUGCUAUAUGCAUCUAAAUAUCAUGAUAUUUGCAAUGUGAUCAAUGUGUCUGGCCGUUACAAACUGGAUAGGGGCAUUGAGGAGCGACUGGGAAAAGACUUUUUGGAAAGAAUCAAGAAAGAUGGCCAUAUUGAUGUCAAAAGUGGAGCUGGUGAUGUUCAAUACCGUGUCACGGUGGAAAGCAUGAUGGAUCGACUGAACACAAACAUGCAUGAGGCGUGCCUUGUAAUUGACAAAGAAUGCAGGGUAUUAACGGUGCAUGGGUCUGCCGAUGAAAUUAUCCCUGUGGAAGAUGCCUUGGAUUUUGCAAAGAUCAUACCAAAUCACAAGUUGCACAUUAUUGAAGGUGCUGACCACAGUUAUACUUCACAUCAAGCUGAAUUAACUUCUGUUGUUCUGCCUUUCAUUAAAGAAGGCCUUGCAGGAGGCCAGUAAGCAGCCUUAGCUGAGUUAGUCGGCCUUUCAAAUUUACACCAACGGUUCCAAGAAGCUGAAUAGUCGGUAUUUUAGACUUAUUUGGCCUAAUCAGCCAUGAAAAUUGCUUGUGUAUUAGCUUUACGUUACAAAGCUUACAGUUUUCAAGCAUUCUUGACCUCUUGUGGAGCAAUUCUUCAAUAGUGCUCGAGAAAGAGUAUGAAGCUGUGAAGGCUGCUCGAGAAAGUGUUCUGCCUUUAUAUUUUUUUGCCUUUUGGCUUGGGAAAGAAACAGCUUUUGAUGUCUUAAAUUGCUCGACUUGUGGAGCU